AAAGGAUCUUCGAAGUCCGACAAGACGACAUAAUUGCUCCUAGGGAGAGCCAUGGACUAGCGGAAAGCGUCAAGCAAGGCCAGGCGAGACUCCUUUCUGAUACCUACCCGGUGCGGCGAUAAUAGUAUAUGAAAAGCGUGUUUCCCCGAACACUGUGUUCCACACUCGCGUUGCGGCCUCUGCAACCGCUCGCCCGAGGAACAUCAAGACUGGGGGCAAGGACGAUGUCUUCCAAGGAGUCCAAGCCUCAAGAGGCCCAGGAGAAACACGAUGCCGAAUCCACAGUCAAGCGCAACCCGCACGGCGACUUUUCCAAGGUCCAAGCAUCGCGACCUGAUUGGGAAGAAGACCGUCAAUGGCACUUUACCAAGACGCGCAAUCCCGACUGGAAGUACGGUGAUGGCGCAUCCGAUAAGUCAGGCUUGUCGAAAGCUCAUGUCUCAAUCGACCCGUAUGCCGAAGGACGCCCGCCGGUAUUGAACUACAAACUGCUCAUAUCCGGCAUCAUCCCGCGUCCAAUUGGCUUUUUGUCAACCAGGUCCAAGGACAAGUCGUCCACGAAUCUCGCACCGUUCAGUUACACGCAGGUGUUCAACCACGACCCUCCAAUCUUUGGCGUCGGGUUCAGUGGUGGUUUCGACAAUGCAAAGGACACGCUGAAGAACCUGGUCGACACGGGAGAGUGUGUGAUCAACAUCAUUAGCGAGCACUACCUUGAGGCGGCCAAUGCGUGUAGCAUCGAUUUGCCGUACGGAGAGUCAGAAUGGUCGGUCUCGGGGCUGACGCCUGCGGAUAGUGCUGUCGUGGCGGCUUCAAGAGUAAAAGAGGCCGUGUUUAGCAUCGAAGGCAAGCUGGUGAAUACGCAGGAGUUUGAGAGUAGAACGACGCCAGGGAAGAAGACGGGUGUGCUGGCAGUUAUUGAGGGAGUGCAUUUCUGGGUCAGGGAGGAUGCGAUUAACGAGGAUCGGAGUCUGAUUGCACCGGAAGUGUUGAGACCGAUUGCCAGGUUGGGAGGAAUCACUUACGCAAGAGUGUUGGAAGGAUUCGAGAUUCCUAGGCCGGUGUUGAAAGAGGAGCAGAAGAAGGGCAUUCUGAACGAUGGCCUGAUCAAGCCGAAGGUAGAUGGACAAUAGCGCUCUCAUUGUGUUGUUUUGUUAGAUACAGCAAGCUUGAUUAUAGAAGUGGUCAAAGAAUACAACAAAUCGUCCGAAUCAGAA